GGAUGGCUGGCAUCAAUAACGCCAAGAAGUCUGUGGGCCCUGGAUUGAGAAGAAAGACUGUACCAUGUGCCAUGAUGGCUGUCCUCAGGAAUCCCUGCGUGCACUUUAACCUAUCAGCACUGUUUGCACGUGUACGGCAGAUUUCUAGGCACAGAAAGUACUACUCUGUGUGGGAAGCCUGCAGCUCCCUUUCUGAGAAAGCACUAGAUGUUCCCCCAAAUUCCCAUUGCAAUCAUGAAGGUACCAAUAGGCUCCAUGUUCCUGAGGGAAGCCCAAGUACCAGGUUACAGUCCAUCACUGCAAAGGAAUCCAAGGAGCACAACCCGCAGCAGCUGGUCACAGCGCAUCCAGAGUCAAAAACAGAGAGGGGUGAGUUAAUGCAUGUAUUCUUGUAUUCACUUUACUCUCUCUGUUCUAAUGUAGUGCCAGUCUCUGCCCAGGAAAUGGCACCACUCACAAUGGGCAGGUCGUCCCACCUUAAUGAAUACAAUCAAGAUAAUCUAUAGAAAUGCCCAUACAACAUUCUAAUUUUCCCAGAAGACUCUAGACCAUGUCAAAUUGACAGAACUACACAGGAGUCCACCCUUCUGGGAUGGGAGUCCAUCUGACACUAGAGUACACUCCAAUGGUAAAAGUGAAGGAUUCGGCAGCAGUCUUGUUUGUAAAUUACAUCAUGUUCUGAGAUGCCAAGAGUGAGGACUUUAAUGCUUUUCUUUUCUCUCUUGUAUAUGUCUGUGUAUGUAUGUUGCUCAUGCAUGUGUGUUCAAGUGUGUUUGGAAGCCAGAGGACAGCCUCACAUGUUUUUCCUCAUGUGCUAACCACUUUUUUUUCCCCUCCAGAGAAGGUCUCUCUCCUGCUGGCUGGGCCUGAGCUAAUCUGUAACUGAGGAUGACCUUGAACUCUGAACCCUCCUACCUCCCCCUCCCAAGCACUGGGAUUGCAGUCAAACAUCACUACAUCCACAAUAUGCAGUGCAGACAGGGUCCAGGCUGGCCUUCAACUCCUGGUCCUUCAUCUUUCACCUCCCUUGGAUUGUGGGUGUCACCAUACUAAGCUGUAGCAAGUCUUUAUCGGAAACAUUUCACGCCACUGAGUCCCUCCACCCACGUGGAGUACAUGCCAGCUUGCCAACUUCAGCCAGGUUUAAUCACUGAUAUUCAUGUAGAAGUGUUUCUGCCAGGCCUGUGAGAGGGCUCUGAGGGUAGAGGCACUUGCCACCUAUCCUGAUGGUGUGAGCUUGAUCCCCAGGACCCAGAAGGUGGGAGGAAAGAAAAAAACGACUGCAAGCUGUCCUCUGACCUCCACACACAGGCUGUGCCACGCACAAAUAUUAAAUAAAUAAAUAAAUAGAUAAAUAAAUAAAUGUAUUUUUAAAGAAUGUGUCUGGAAUAGAGCAGGAACAGAAUAAUCUGAAUCUUAGUUCUCUGGGCUUCUUCCCUCAUCUGUUGGAUGGAGUUAAAGCCACUGUCCCUCCUGUGUACUCCUCACUGGCUCAUUGGUCAUUCACCCCCUUCUCACUGGAGCAUAGAGAUCAUGGGGUUCACCACAACCUCAGCACUGGAUGCAUAGUAAACACACAGCAAACCAGCAAGUUCUUCAAGAUGGGAUUUCUCUGUGUAGCCUUGGCUGUCCUGGAACUCACUCUGUAGACUAGGCUGACCUCAAACUCACUCUGUAGACUAGGCUGCUUCUGCCUUCCAAUUGAGCAUGCAUCACCUGGCUUACUGAAAAGUGGGCUCAACCAAUGACCGUUGCUGCAAUCAAUUUUAGAAUGUUCUCGUUACCUGCAAAAGAAACACGAAACCUGCUCUCUCUCUCCUUCACCUGCUUGCCAUGUGGGAAUGAGCAAGUGCUAGAUCCUUGGACUUCCAUUCACAGCUGCUGCUGACCAUUGUUGGGAGUUGGACUGCAGACUAUCGCCUGUGUGUAGACUCUGUGCGAGCUGUUUGCUGGUUUUGUCUCUGCUACACCCCAAGUCCCCCAUACCACUGGAUACACAGCAGCCAGGAGGACACGGCCAUGGCCCUGCAGCGGCUAGUGGAGCUAACAGCCAGCCGAGUGACAUCAGUAAGAAGCCUGUGUGUACAGUACCGUCUCAUCCGAAAGCUAGGUUCCGGCUCCUAUGGCCGCGUGCUCCUAGCCCAGCCACGCCAAGGAGGUCAAACUGUGGCCCUUAAGCUCCUCCGAAGGGACUCAGUCCUGAGAACAACGUUCCUGAGAGAAUUCUGUGUGGGCCGCUGCGUCUCUUCACAUCCAGGCCUACUACAGACCCUGGGAAGGCCCCUACAGACACCUCGAUAUUUUGCCUUUGCUCAGGAGUUUGCACCCUGUGGGGAUCUCAGUGGAAUGCUCCAGGAGAAGGGCCUCCCAGAGCUGAUGGUGAAGCGGAUAGUGGCCCAGCUGGCUGGAGCCCUGGACUUCCUCCAUGGCCGGGGGCUAGUGCAUGCAGAUGUCAAGCCAGACAAUGUGCUAGUCUUCGACCCUGACUGUAACAGAGUAGCCCUGGGUGACCUGGGUUUGACUCGACCUGAAGGCAGCCCAACCCCUGCUCCCCCAGUGCCUCUGCCCACUGCACCACCUGAACUCUGCCUCCUGCUGCCACCAAACACACUGCCCCUGAGGCCAGCUGUGGACUCCUGGGCACUGGGUGUGCUUCUCUUCUGUGCUGCCACGGCCUGCUUCCCUUGGGAUGUAGCAUUGGCUCCUGAUCCUGAGUUUGAGGCCUUUGCUGGUUGGAUGACCACUAAGCCCCAGCCCCCUCGGCCACCAGCACCCUGGGACCAGUUUGCACCCCCAGCUCUGACCUUGCUCCAGGGACUUCUGGACCUGGAUCCUGAGACUAGGAGUCCUCCACUAGCUGUCUUUGAUGUUUUAGGGGACAACUGGGGGCUCCAGGGUAGUGGAGAGGGAUCCGGAAGCUUGGGGGUUAUACCCUACAAAGAUGGGGAGGAAGAAGAGGGAGGAUCAAGUUUGGAGGAGUGGACCGACGAGGAGGAAGAUGAAAUCAAAGACAGUGGGGGGAUGGAGGCAGAUAACAGAGCUUCAUGACCAGGUGACUGAGACAGUGGUCAGAACCGGAGCUCUUGAGGCCACCUGGGAAAGGCAGCAGCUGUUCUGGGAGAAGGGGGAACACACUGGAUGUGGAUGUGCACACAUCUCCCUUCCCUGAAGUGCACACACACACAACUGAGGACUAAGGGGUCCCAAUUGUGUGCUGCUGCAGCCUCAUCCCCUUCUCACCUUUCCAUUUUCCUUUUGUCUUCUUUCUUUUUCCUCCUCUUCUUCCUCUUCCUUGCCCUCUUCUUCUUCCUCUCCCUUCUCCAUUUCCUCCUCUUUCUCCUCUUCUUCCUCUUCCUCCAUCUUCUCCUCCAUCUCCACUUCUCCUCUUCUUCCUUUUCCCCUUCUUCCUCCUCUUCUUCCUCUUCCCCUCUUCUUCUUUUUCUUCCUCCUCCAUCUCCUCUUCCAUCUCCUCCAUCUCCUCCUCUCCCUCUUCCCCUCCUCUUCUUAUCAUCUUUCCUUCUCCUCCCUCUUCUUUCUCACCUUGAUUUUUCUUUACUGCCCUCAACUGACUACGUAGCUGACCUAGAGCUUUGGAUCCUCCACCUCCACUUCCCCAGUGCUGGCCUGUACUUCCCCAGUGCUGGCCUGUACUUCCCCACUAUUUUGAGGUGCUGGGCAUUGUUGAGGAACCUGGGGCUUCCCUGUGCUAGGAAGGCCCUCUAUCAACUUAACCUCUUCCCCAACCCCUGAGCAUCUUCACAGCCCAAGUUUCCGUUUCUCCUACAGAUAUAUUUCUGUGCUCUGAAAUGUUGAAUGCUUAUCAUGAAUUCUGAUGGGACCACUCUUCUGUAAGAGCAGUGGUUCUCAGCCUGUGGGUCGUGGCCCCCCUUUGGGGGAGUUGAACAACCUUUUCACAGGGGUUGCGUAUCAGAUCUCCUCCUUAUUAGACAUUUACAUUAUGAUUCAUAGCAGUAACAACAUUACAGUUACAAAGUAGCAAUGAAACAGUUUUAUCAUUGGGGAAUUAUAUUGAAGAGUCACAGCAUUAGGAGGGUUGAGAACCACUGUCUAAGACCAUGGUGAGGGGGAGCUCCCACCAUUUGAGGCACAAAAUCCAAACUUACAGGAUCCGAUAUUAUGUUGAUCUGACAGUUUCUGGGCUCUGUGUUGGUGACAUUGUGGGAAUUGUCACACACACAGAGCAAAAGAAACAUGUGUGUACACAUACCACUACCACCACCACCACCACCACCCACACACCACCACACCACUGCCGACAGACACCCACACACCUUAUAUGCUCCACCUAGCACCUUUGACUUCCAUCUUGUCCUACAGAAACGUUCCCAUCCCUGGAGCCCUCCCAGAUACCUAUGUCUACUCUUCCUGUCCUUGUCACAAACAUCUGGUCUAGACCCUUCCAUCUUCUAUUUCCACAAGAUGCCCCAAGUUCUCUGGUUAUGAAUAACCCAGCUCCAUCUAUAUUCAGGGACCCAUCAAUCCUGAGAGCCAGGACUAGUUUCAUGGCUCUUCCUUGUCCCAAACAGCACACAGACUCCAGUUCUGUGUGUCUGGAGUCCCCAGCUCCCAGCAGAAACUAGAAACAUCACAGGAAUUUAUACUUAAAAAAUUUUUCAAGUUUUUCUGUAUCCCAGGAUGUUCCCUCACUAGGUGGCAGAGGGUAACCUCGAACUUCUGAUCAUCCUUCGUCCACCUCUCAAUGCUGGGAUUACAGGCCUGUGUUAUGAUGGAGAUUUACACAGUGGUGGAUAUGAGCUUCCAGAGGUUCAUGCAGGGAAAACAAAGACUGCAGCCAGAACUAUAAUCCCAACCAGGAACCUACACUUUCUAGAUUUAACAGUGAGUUCACCAAAUGAACCAUGGUGCCCCGGACUGGACUUGGGAACAGGAAAAGGACCUUGAGGACAAAGAUGGUGGGUAGGAUGGAUGACUAUUGUUGAAAGCUUUGCUAAUUUAGUGAUGAAUCUUGGGUAAGAUGCUGACCUUGGGGCAAGCUGUGUGAAGGGUCCAAGGGACCUUGGCAACUGUGUGUCUUUUACAACUGUGUGACCUUUGUGAUUGUUUUUGUAAAACUAAAAAUAUCUACAAAAUAAAAAGUGUAUUUUGGACAAUGAAGUGAA